AUGGUCAACAAACUCCUCCUCGCCGCCUUGCUUCUGGGCGCCAACAUCCUGGCCAGCCCUGUCCCACGGGGUGAAAACCUCAUCGUCCGUGAUGAUCUCGAUUGCGCCUGCGAUGUGAUGGCCAUUGGAGACGGCGAUCUCGCUAAGAAGUGCUAUUGCUACAGUGUCAACGCAAAGAGAGGCCUCGUCGAGAUUCGAGGAGGUGGUGAGGACGACGACGACGACAAAGAUGAUGAUGAUGAUGAUGAUGAUGAUGGUGAUGACGGUGGUGCUGGCGGGAAGGGAGAAGGCAGCGGUGAAGGCAAAGGCGGCGGUGGCGGUAAAAGCGGUGGUAAGGGUGGCGGAAAAGGAAAAGGUGAAGGCGGAGGCGGAGGCGGCGGUGGGGGUAAAGAUGGUGGAAGCGGUGCAGGCUUCGGUGGCGGAAGCGGAGAGGGCGGAGGCGCCGGAGGCGCCAAAGGUGGCGGUGUUGGCGGAGGAAAGGGCGGUGGAAAGGGAGAAGGUGCUGGUGGUGACGAUGGUGGUGACGAUGGUAGUGGUGGCGAUGGCGGCGGAAAAGGCGGCGGUGCCGGUGCUGGUGGUAGUGGAGCCAAGGGCGGAGGCGGUGGUGGCGGCAAGGGGUACGUCUUGAGAACCAUUUAUGCACUUUCCCAGCUGUUUAAGAGCCCUACGGGCCUGCCAUGGCAAAUUCAGCUCCCGAAGCAGGACAUUGAAGUUUCCUUCCGCACUCAAGUUUCUGGAAGCAUGCUACUGACUUACCUGUCCAGUGGCGGCGGCGGAGGUGGUGGUGGAGGAGGCAAAGAUGGCGGAUCCGGUGGUGGCUACGGCUCUGGUAAGGGAGAAGGAGAGGGCUCUGGCGAAGCAGAGGGAGAGGGAGCAGGCAAGGGCGAAGGAGCUGGCGAAGGCGCCGGAGAGGGUGUUGGCGGGGAUGACUAG